CGGUUGGCGGUGGUAGUAGUGGUAGUGGUAGUGGUGGUGGGCGUGCGCACCUCAAUGGAAUUGAAUCUAAUAGCGAAAAAAAGUGGAUUGAGCAUGAGCAUCUUAUCGGUGGACGAGAUAUGUCAUAGUAAUUUAAGAAUUAUCAAUUUAUAAAUUUAUUAUCAAUUGAGUAACUUAAGUCUUAAUAAGUUUAGUAUACCAUUAAUAAUUAUAAUUAGAAUUAUAUUAAUAUUAAUAUUUCAUUAUGGUUCUCUCCGAUAAAGAAUUGUUUGAAUUAAACAAAAAGGCAGUUACUGAAGGAUUUAAAAUUAAACCAAGAAUUAAUUAUAAUACAGUAGGAGGAGUUAAUGGACCAUUAGUUAUUUUAGAUAAUGUUAAAUUUCCUCGUUAUAAUGAAAUUGUUAAUUUAACUUUACCAGAUGGUUCAAUUAGACAAGGUCAAGUUUUAGAAGUUAGAGGUACUAAAGCAAUUGUUCAAGUUUUUGAAGGAACUUCAGGAAUUGAUGUUAAAAAGACAAGAGUUGAAUUUACUGGUGAAAAUUUAAAAAUUCCAGUAUCUGAAGAUAUGUUAGGAAGAAUCUUUGAUGGUUCUGGUAGACCAAUUGAUAAAGGUCCAAAAAUUUUUGCUGAAGAUUAUUUAGAUAUUAAUGGUUCACCAAUUAAUCCUUAUGCUCGUAUUUAUCCUGAAGAAAUGAUUUCAACUGGGAUUUCUGCUAUUGAUACUAUGAAUUCAAUUGCAAGAGGUCAAAAAAUUCCAAUUUUUUCAGCUUCUGGUUUACCUCAUAAUGAAAUUGCUGCUCAAAUUUGUAGACAAGCAGGUUUAGUUAGACCAACAAAAGAUGUUCAUGAUGGUCAUGAAGAAAAUUUCUCUAUUGUUUUUGCUGCUAUGGGGGUUAAUUUAGAAACUUCAAGAUUCUUUAAACAAGAUUUCGAAGAAAAUGGUUCAUUAGAAAGAACUACUUUAUUCUUAAAUUUAGCUAAUGAUCCAACCAUUGAAAGAAUUAUUACUCCUCGUUUAGCUUUAACAACAGCAGAAUAUUUAGCUUAUCAAACUGAAAGACAUGUUUUAACUAUUUUAACUGAUAUGUCAUCUUAUGCUGAUGCUUUAAGAGAAGUUUCAGCUGCAAGAGAAGAAGUUCCAGGUAGAAGAGGUUAUCCAGGUUAUAUGUAUACUGAUUUAUCAACUAUUUAUGAAAGAGCUGGUAGAGUUGAAGGUAGAAAUGGUUCAAUUACUCAAAUUCCAAUUUUAACUAUGCCAAAUGAUGAUAUUACUCAUCCAAUUCCUGAUUUAACUGGUUAUAUUACUGAAGGACAAAUUUCUAUUGAUAGACAAUUACAUAAUAGAGGUAUUUAUCCACCAAUUAAUGUUUUACCAUCAUUAUCUCGUUUAAUGAAAUCAGCUAUUGGUGAAGGUAUGACUAGAAAAGAUCAUGGUGAUGUUUCAAAUCAAUUAUAUGCAAAAUAUGCUAUUGGUAGAGAUGCAGCUGCUAUGAAAGCUGUUGUUGGUGAAGAAGCUUUAUCAACUGAAGAUAAAUUAUCAUUAGAAUUCUUGGAAAAAUUCGAAAAGAAUUUUAUCUCUCAAGGUGCUUAUGAAAAUAGAUCUAUUUUUGAAUCAUUAGAUCAAGCUUGGUCAUUAUUAAGAAUUUAUCCAAAGGAAUUAUUAAAUAGAAUAAGUCCAAAGAUUUUGGCUGAAUUUUAUGAAAGAGAAAGAGAACAAGAAGAUGAUGAUGAUGAAGAAGAAGAUAAGAAGGACUUGAUUGAAGCUUAAGUCUCAUAAUUAUUAUAAUAAUUAUUGCAAUAUAAUAAUUAUAAUUCAUUUUGAUCAUCUAUUUAUGCAUAAGACUUUCUUUUCCUAUUUACUUAUUGUUAGCCUUUCCUUUCUAAACUUUCAUUUCAUCGAACAAGUGAUAAAUUAAGCUGGUGAUUAAACAUCUGCUUUACUUAACUAUUAACUCUUAUUGUUUUAUCAAAAGUCACUAUAAAUGACUUCUCAUCUGCUAGCCAUUUUUUUUAUUACUAUUUUUACAUUUAAUAUAUAAAA